AGUUACAGGGCCCGGAAAGAGGGAGUGGCAUUUUCGUAAAUACGAGCAUUGCUGCUGUUGCUUUCACUGUUGCUUCUUUCUUGCUUGCUUUCUCGAGACGGAGAGAGAGAGAGGCUUCAUUUGAAUCACAUCAUUAUUUCCUUCUUUCUCUUUUUCAGACCGCUUUUGUUCCCCGACCGAGAAAUCCAAUCACACCCAACUAACAAACACCCCCCUUCCCUCUUCCUUCUUCUUUCCUCCUCCUUCCCUCCCUCUCUCUGUUUUUCUCUUUCUCUCUCUCUCUCCUCUUCGUGCAAGAAUUUAUAGAAUCUUUAUCAAGAUGCCAACUUCAUCUCAGAUGCCAGAAAAGGACUCGGAAAACCCUGAGCAACAUGUGAAGGAGGAUGAGUAUGCAAGGCUGGUAAUGCCAAGUGAAACCAUAACAGCAAACCCUAAUGUGAUAGAAUCACUCGAGCCGGCAAAGUCAAAGCCCUUUCUCUGGUGGAUGAAGGCUCUAUUAGUCUGCCUGCUUUUGCUAAUACUUGCUUUCGUCUUUGUGAAAUGGGGAAUUCCUUUUGCCUUUGAAAAGAUUUUGUUGCCAAUCAUGCAAUGGGAAGCAACUGCCUUUGGUCGGCCUGUACUCGCCCUCGUUCUCAUCGCCUCUUUGGCUCUCUUCCCGGUUAUUCUAGUCCCUUCUGGACCCUCCAUGUGGUUAGCUGGGAUGAUUUUCGGAUACGGUCUAGGGUUUGUUAUUAUCAUGGUAGGAACUACCAUUGGCAUGAUAUUACCAUUUUGGAUUGGCUCGUUGUUCCGCGACCGCAUACACGCAUGGUUAAAGAAAUGGCCUCAGCAGACUGCAGUAAUCAGAUUGGCAGGCGAAGGCAACUGGUUCCAACAGUUUCGUGUCGUGGCCCUCUUCAGGAUCUCACCAUUCCCAUACACAAUAUUUAAUUAUGCUGUAACCGUGACGAACAUGAAGUUUGGUCCUUACAUAUGCGGCUCGAUUGCUGGGAUGAUACCUGAAGCUUUCAUUUACAUCUAUAGUGGACGGUUAAUAAGGACGUUGGCGGAUAUGAAGUAUGGCAAUUAUACCAUGACGCCCGUGGAGAUAGUUUACAAUGUAUUCUCCUUCGUCAUCGCCAUUGUCAUAACAAUUGCCUUUACGGUGUACGCAAGGAGAGCCCUAAAUGAUCUUAAGAAGGAAGAAGCUAUUGCCGGAAAUGAUACAUUAGAUCGUCGCGGUGGUUCUGUUGUACUCGGCGAGCUCCCUCAUGAAAGGUUAGGAGCUCAACCUUCUGUUCUACUCGGGGGGCUCCCUCAUGAAAGGUCAGGAGCUCAACCUUCGCUAAGCAAUGCGGUAUAAACAUCGAGGCCUGUUAGAAAUACGUGUUGUAGAAAGUCUUGUUUUAGUUUGACAUGAAAAGAGGAAAACUCAACAGGAGCCAUCUCCAAACCAUUGUAAAUGGAGGUGUGGAGAUGAUACACAAAAAUGGAAUUUACUUGAUUUAGAUAACAAGAAUUCGGCUUGUAGGAGAGAAGUUAAAUAGAGGAAAAAAAGGAAAGAAAAUUGGUUGCCUUUACUAUGGCUUGGAGAGUGGCCUGUUUAUUCUUA